AUGAGACUGUUCAAUCAGAGGAACAAUUACGAACCGGUUCACCAACCGAGGAUGAAAGUGUUCACAGUGGGCUUAGAUGAUAAGGAGAAAGCGCAAAAGUCUGAUGUAGAGAAAGGUGAUUUGCCCAAGAUGGAUCCAACACCGGCGAUGCCGGUGCCGGCACCGAUCAUCGUGCCGAGAGCACCACCAGCGAAGAGAUUCGGAUGUGGCGUGUUGUCAUGGAUUGUCGCCGCUUUUUUCAUCGUAUUGCUAUGUUUGACAAUUUCGGAGAUCGUUUACAACAGACAAAGGGACCAAGCUUUCUUGCGAUUGAAAUGGGCCGAACUUCGUCAACGUAUGCUUGGCUUUGAAUUGCUAUCACAUGCGCAACAACAACAACAACAAGCGAUGGCACAACAACAGCAACAAAUGCAUUCGUUGCAGCCCGUCAAUGAACUGCCAGCAUUCCCGCGGCGUCAUGACAAUGUGCAAGACGCCGAAGUGACGACAACAACUACCACUACCACUACACCUGCGGCCCCGAAGGAAGAUGAGACACCAAAGGAUAGUAGUGAUGAGGAAGUGACUACGAGGUUCGAUCUGCUCCGCAUGAUUCUAUCAAAAAUGCGCGAACAUGCUGAACAGAUGGGAUUGACCGGCGAUAUGCAAGUGCACGUCAUCGAAGUCAAACCGAUUCCAACUGAGCAGAUGAGCCAGCAAGCCAUUGACGAUGGUUUCGGUGAAGUUGCUAUGCCGCCACCAUUUGGACCAUGGAGACAGAAUGAAGAGGAGAGCGAAUUUAACCAUCGUGGUUGGCCGCAAUUUGGGCCCGAACCGUCACCGUGGAAACCAGUUGGAUUCAACAACCGAUUUGACGGACGACAUGACAACGACAUAUUCGAGCCUGUGCAGGACGCUCCAGAAGAAGAAAAUCCACAAAUGAGAAUCACUCAUCACUUCGAUAAGGAUAGCCAAAUGCCACAACGUGUCGUCACUGAGGUGUUCGGCGAUAACCCAGAAAUCAUCGGACAUAUCCUUGGACAGAAAAAUGCCCAAGCUCAGCUACAAUUCCAACAACAGCAACAGCAACAAGAUCUGUUCAUGCAACAGCAACAACCACAACCUCUUCCACAACAGCCUCUUCCACAAUGGGCUCAACCAUGGGCUCAUCCGUUCCCAUUCCAUCAGAUGCCCCAUCCACACCCAUGGUUCAUGCCCCCACAGCCACAGCCACAGCCCCAACCUCAACCUCAAUUCUGGGAACAGCGAGUUGAACAGCCGCUGCCUCUUCCACCUCAGCCACAGCCACAACCACAACCACAACAACCUGUAGUGCUGUUCUUCAACCAGGGUGUACCUCAGCCACAGCCACAGCCGCAAUUCCAUCAGCAGCUACCAGCACCAGCACCGCAAUUCCAACCACAACCAACUAUUGGCCAACAAAAUCAAUUUCCCUUCCCCGUACAGAAUCAGGCGCCUAUUUUUCCCCAACCAUUUGUCCCUGACGUUAACAACAAUGUGAAUGCUUUCAAUGAUGCUAACAUCGCCCCUAAGCCUUGGUAUAUGAGCGGUGAUGACCAGAAAUGGCAGCAAACAUGGGAUAACAAUCCCAUUAAGAUUGAAUUCAACCCACAUCCAGCUGCUGCCGCCCCUUGGGUAGAAAACACAGCAGUCGUAGCUAAUCAACAUCCGGCUUUGCCACCAGCAUCAGCUCCCGAACCACCACAUAUCGGGCACGAUAGCGAGGGGAUCGAUAAUUUCCCCAGAGAGGAAAAAUUCAACGUCCCCAUCGACAUCUCGGCUGAUGCUGAACCAAAGACCGUUGAAACCUCUGCCGAAACGACAAACGAGAACAACGCCGUGUCAGAAGAGGUUAACCACGCAGUUGAUACUUCGGCUGUAAAUCCACCAUGGCAGCAUGCUCAACCAGAAGCUGCUGAAGAACCAAUGCCUGCCUCCGUCCCAGUUGUUUCCGAACCAAGCGUUGGACCCGCUGAGGAAAGGGAUUUUCUUCCACUGAGAGAUAGCGGAGAAGUGAUGGGACACCCACAUGAAGAUGCUCCUCCUCAGGAUGUGGUUGUUGCUCAAGACGACUUCCCAAAGAAAAUCGAUAGUCCGUUCUUCCAGGUGGACGAUCCGCAGAGUUUCAUGAAUUUCCGUCAGUGAUCCGUUGUGUAAACGCCCCUGAAUCCUUGAAUUGUCAAAGUGUUAUUCGCUAUUAAUACCCCAAUUGACUAUGAAUCAAAGACAGCGAGAGCGUACACGGAUCUCUACAGAGCCUUGAACGAUGUUCACUUGCAACGCAUCCCCAAACCAUAUACUUACACAUCCAUCA